AUGUUGAGAACAAAACCCAAAAACGCCCGAUCCAAGAGGGCUAUGGAGAAGAGAGAGCCCAAGCUUAUUGAAAAUACUAAGCAAGCUCUUUUUGUCCCCGGUGCUAACUGCAAUCAAAUCUUGCAAGAUGCUAUGGUUGACCUGAACGCGCUAAAGAAGCCUGAUUCCAAGAAGUUCCAGCGAAGGAACGAAAUUAGACCAUUUGAAGAUCCUUCAUCUAUUGAGUUUUUUUCUGAGAAGAAUGACUGUUCUCUUGUUGUUCUUGGUACGCACAAUAAGAAGCAUCCUAACAACCUUACAUUCAUUCGUACUUUUAACUACAAGAUUUACGACAUGAUUGAACUGCGACUAGACAACUACAAGUUUUUGAAGGAUUUCCGGAAAGCAACUUUCCAAAUUGGAAUGAAGCCUAUGUUUACAUUUAACGGUACUGCUUUUAACACACACCCUAUUUACCAGCACAUCAAGUCUCUGUUUCUUGAUUUCUUCCGUGGUCAGGUUCUUGAAUCAUUAGAUGUCGCUGGUCUCCAGCAUGUUAUUUCUAUUUCUGCCGACGAGGUUGACGAAGAAAAGCCUCUUCCCAAGGUGAACUUCCGUGUUUACCUCCUCAAGACAUAUCGCAGUAGCGACAAUCCAAAACUCCCUCGCGUUGAGUUGGACGAGAUUGGCCCUCGCUUUGAUUUUGUUAUUGGAAGACGCCAGGAAGCCGAUCCUGAUAUGAUUAAGGAGGCUUACAAGAUUGCUAAGCAGCUCGAGCCUAAGACUAAGAAGAACAUUGAAACAGAUGUUCUUGGUGAUAAGGUUGGCAGAGUCCAUGUCGAUAAGCAGGAUAUUGGCCAACUUCAAACUAGAAAAAUGAAGGGUCUUAAAAAGAAGUUUUCUCAGUUAGAAGAAGAAGAUGAUGAUGAUGAAGAUGAAUAUGAGGAUGCUGGUGAUUUUGACGAAAUGGAUAUUGACGAACUUCCUGACACAUCUGUCAAGAAGGCCAAAACUAAGUAA